AUGUUUUCUUUCGCGACGUCGGAUCUCAGGAUCCCCUCCUCGUCCUCCGCCUGCUCCUGCUUCUCCUCGGGCACCAUUUGGCUCCAUCCAAUGCUGCAUGGGCUUUCGCUGUUUCAUACCGUGCAAAUUGUUUCCCCCUCGUACGGACAAGCACAUAUGAUGGCAUUGAGUGGCCAAUGCGCCGCCUGGCGCACGGUGAUCAGUUCCAGUGUCAGGUGUUUGCAGGCAUCCAUGUCUUGCGUCUUCCCAUCUGGCACGUUUCGUUGCCAGUGGUUGUUGGCAACCAUCCAGCGUUCUGGAAUGUGCAGGAGUGUUACUUUGCUUGCGCGUGAAAGGUAUACUAUCUGCAGGCCUGUCCUCCUAAUCGAGAAGUUUCUUGCUUCGUCCGCUGGCCAGUGCCUGCGAGCCAGUGCACUUGAUUGA